AUUUUGUUUGUGAAUUGUAAUCCGGCUUUUCGCGUUCUCAUUUUGUGGUCUCAUUUUAGACAAUCUUAAACUAUAAAUGGGUCGAAAAAAGAAGAAGCAAGCAAAGCCAUGGUGCUGGUAUUGCAAUAGAGAAUUUGAUGAUGAGAAGAUUCUUAUUCAGCAUCAGAAAGCAAAGCACUUCAAAUGUCAUAUAUGUCACAAAAAGUUGUACACAGGUCCAGGCUUACAGAUUCAUUGUAUGCAGGUUCAUAAAGAAAAUGUUGAAAAGGUUCCAAAUUCACUGCCAGGACGAAAUGAUAUUACAAUCGAAAUCUAUGGAAUGGAAGGAAUACCGGCAGAUGACAUUAAAGAGCAUGAUAAGAAUCGAUCAGACGAACCAGCAGCGAAAAAGAUGCGACAAGAUGAUGAUGGCCCCGAGAUGUCUGCGCCAAGUCAAAAUGCACAAAAUGCAAAUAAACCUAACCACAUGAAUCAGAUGGGUGGGCAUAAUCCAGCGGUGUCUAAUCAUAACGGUAUGAAUCGAAUGCCAAUGGGAGGUCCAGGGAUGAUGCCCCCAAUGCCUGCUGGGCCUAUGGGACCAAUGGGGCCUAUGAUGAUGGGACCUAUGGGCCCCAUGCAUAUGCCUAUGGGAAUGGGACCAGGUCCAAUGGGAAUGGGUCAGAUGGGCAUGGGGCCCAUGGGGAUGAUGGGAAACCCGAUGAUGCAGCAUCGGCCACAAAUGUCCCACAACCAGAUGCCACAACGUAAUAACCUUCCACCCAAGCCGCCGGCCGCAGCUACGACAACACAGUCUAGUCAGAGUGCCCCAGUCAAACCAUUAUUCCCAGCCGCUGGCCAGGCACCUGUAUCUAAAAGUUCUGCGCCAGUUGGUCCCGAUUUUAAACCCAAAGGUUACCCGGGAGAUUCAGCACCGACAUUCCCCGCCACGUCUGCUGUGGUCUCUGCGUCUGCUACCAUAUCUGCUGCACCAACGGUGAAGAAACCAGAAGUGGGGUCAUCAGGAAUGACAUCGAAAUUAAUACACCCAGAUGAAGAUAUAUCACUGGAGGAGAAGCGAGCGAAACUCCCCAAAUAUGCAUCACGUAGCAGUGUGCAGCGACCAAAUCAACAUCAGCAGCCCGCCAAAAUGGCCGGUCCAGCCAUGACAAGCGGCCCUCCGACUUCUAACACAAUGCAGCAACCAAUGAUGGGUGGUCCUAUGAUGCCAGGUAAACAGUUCCUCCGAGGCCCGAUGCCACACAUGAUGGGCCAGGGACCAAUGGGGAUGAUGCCACCGUUCAGCAUGGGUUAUCAACAGCAAAUGGCCAUGCGCCCUCCUGUGAUGUCACAACCAGGUGCACGCUACUGAUGACAAAACAAGCUAAGUUAUGUGCUCAGUCUUAAGUUCCAUGUGUUGUGUCUUGAUCUAAGACAGUGACGGCUAGUUGGAUACGAUUCCGUGGUUAUCAUCUCCUUGAUGACGCUGGGUGCAGGUUUGGAUUGGGAGCCAUUUUGUUUCAGGUGACCCUGCUGGUGAUGCCAUCCUGACGUGCGGCAAAAAGGUUAGGUUCCGUGAUGGACAAUGUGAUGGUGUUUUUGUUACAGUGUGGAGUUCACUGUUGGACUGCCGGCUCCAGUCUGCCCACAGCUGGCCUUGAAGGUUAGCAGAGACACUGCACUUGCUAUUUUAUUGUUUAAGUUCGUGCUUGUGCUUAUUGAUCUAUUUUGAUCAUCAUUUAAAGGAGAAGUGUCCCAAGCCUUGAAGGCACUGACAAAGUUUGAAGACUUUCCGGCAAGUCAAGGCUCUGAAUUUCCAUCUGUUAAUGAGCACAAACUGUUUUUACAAAACUUGAAAAUUGAUGCUGGACCCGGUUGUACAAACAAGUUAUGUCUAAUGCUGGCACAGACAACGCCAAGUCAAGGUAAAGCCAACAUUGGUGACAAAAUCUUUAUUGAACAACCUGGCCUUACACUAUAAUGUAUUUUAUCACCCCAAAAGUGCAAGUGCAGUUCUCUUUAGAAUGCAGUGGUGUAUUCAUUCAUUCACAGUCAAUAAUGAUUUACUGUCGGUCAACUGUUUUUAGUAAUUUGUGAAAAACAUUGAAAUGAACUCUCGCAAUUUUAUCAGUAAAUUGUCAAAAGCUGGAAUGUAUGGACUCGCUCAAGAGAAGACACAGGUUUGGUUCUGAUGCUUAGUAUCAUGUACAUUUGUACACUGAUGCUGAUUGUUCCUAGAUUAGAAACUGCAUUCUCACUUUUAACUUCCUCAUGGUUCCCAUGUACCAACAGAUUCAACGGCGCUCAUACAGGGGGUGACCCUUAGUCGUCCUUUAUUUCUUGGACUCCAAGAUUCGCCCCGAAUUUGGGAGACCUCUAGAUCCUGUUCUGUUUCGCUUUACCUUUAACCCAAGAUUAGUGCAAUGAAGUUUCCGUGCAUUACCCAAAAUAUUCCAAAAACAUGCUAUGUGGUUGAUAUUCUGUUGGGCUGCCAUUCUUUAAACCCCUGUAAAAGUCCUGAAUCGGUUGAUGCUGUGCUCUUACUUUGUAACUUGCCCCGUUUAUAUAACUGUAUGCAUUGGUACCUUCAGAGAGAAUCAGGUAAGUCUCUCGAUGGCGCCACAGAGCACCGACCAGGUAGGCUUGGUGAAAUCUGACCUUGGUGUUAAUUAAUCUGGGGAGGGGGUGUGGUGACGUUUGAGUAUUGUCUCUUCAUAUAAACUGUUAUUAAAUCACAACUGUUCUGAUACGUUUCAAGUGUUCCUAGCAAGGAUAGUGCCAUUGAAAACUUGCAUCUCUUGAAAUCUUCCUAGUUGUGAUUUUACAACUUGCUAGGAAUAUAUGGCGACUGCAAAAAGAACUUAGACCAGGAGGGGGAUCAUGUCACAAAUUCAGGUGAAUGAAUAUAUGACCUAAUCAAGUGCUGUAAGGUGUUUUGUAUUGUACAUCUUUGGGUUAUGAUUGGACACAACAUAACAUAGUAAUGAACUUAAAGCUAUAGAUAAGUAAAUGAUGUAUGAAUGAGAAUUCGUGGACUGUCUUUUAAUAAGUGGUACCGGUAAGUCCCAUUUUAAACAAGGAGCCAAUGAGUUGUAGUUUUAUAUCUUGAUGUAUGAAUUGCUGUUGGGAGGUUUUUAUUGAGACAUUGCAAUGUAAGUACGCUGUAUAGAGAAGUGGUUGGCACAUCUUUGGUAAGGACUGAGACAGGUGUUUCAAGGGGGGAGAUGUUAAGUCUUUUUCUAAAAACUGAUGUUUCCAUCUGUGCUGUUUUGGGCCUGGAAAAGAGCCCUGUCCUAGUCCUUGCUGGGAAGCUUCCACUAUUGGGCCAGCUUGCCUGGUAUCUUGAUUAAGGUAAGGCUAUAAGUUGUGGCCAUUGGGAAAAUGACGCGUUCGUUUACAAGGAUUAGAUUGUAUGUUGUGAAUGUACGAAAUAAAUCAUUGUAUAGAAUGGUACACCGUAUGUGGAGUUUUGAUUUCUCAUCAAGGUAGGACGUGUUGGUUCGGUGGACAAGGAGAUGAUUAUAGGAUACGUGACUAGGACAGUUAUCUCUUAUUUCUUAGCAUUUUGAGUUCAGGAUUGGCAUGGAAUGUGUUGGGUGUGUGAUAUCAUAAUUCAUGGGGUUAACUGUUUCUAACUUCAAAUUGACUUUGAAAUUUGUACAUAUUUGGGGAAGAAUUCUGCAUUUCAGGGACUCGGGGGGGGGGGGGGGAAAUCUUAGGAACCACAUUGAAAUCAGUGCGGUGAUAAAUAAUAGGAAAAUAGGGUCUAUAAACACUAACUUUUUAUGACUCCAUUAGUCUUUUAGAGCCAUAGUUCUCUAUCAGGGCAUUGCACUUCAAAAGGAACACUUCUGUUUUGCAGUUGUCCAUCUCAGAGUACACCAAGACAAGCUGCUUGAUACUGAGUCCUGACAAGGCAAGUCCUGUAAUGAUUCCAUGUUCACUUCACAUAGUUUACCAACUUCACAGUACUUGAUGUACUGUUGGACUUGACCAGUCCCCAACCUCACUUGAGGUUUGGCGAAUUCUAAUGCAUGCAAAUCCGUGUGGUUCUUCCAUUACGGCAAAGGGUUUUCUGACGGUGUCGUGCAGAGGCAUUGGUCCCUUUACAGAUCUGUGCUCUUGAUGGUGAGCUCCAGUUAACUUGAUCCAAAGCAGUCAUCAACUCUGUCGGAGACAAGUUGACUCGGGCCAAAGAAUGAGUCGAUUUCUGUUAAAAGGGGGAGAAAUGGCAAGCUCAGGAAGUCAGUGUUGGCCACAGGCUCACGUCACUGCAUAGGAAAAACAAGACUGGGGGGCAAGCACUGACUUAUCAGCUUACCAGUUGCCUCUGUAUGUGUCACACUGUCAAAAUAUGUAAUGUGUCGCUUAUUUCAAUGGGAAAUCUAUGUUUAAUAAUGAGUUCAUAUAAUGAAUGAAUAAGAUUAUAGCACCCUCAAGGAAGUGCCAUCAAAUGGCAAAUAAAACCCCAUACAUCUUAAACUGCCUGUUGUAAGAUGAAUAGGUUUGUGGUUAAAUAAUGAAGUGGAUAUCAUUACAGUUCCAGAAAGUUAUGUAAACCACUCUGGUUUCAAGUGCAGUGCCCAACUCCAAGCCAUUACAGCAUUACAUGUAUGAAGAAAAUGACUGUAUUUGAUACUCGUGGCUACAUGUAGAUUGGGGCUACAUGUAGAUUGGGGUUUUUGAAGUGGGGAAAGUCUUGGGAGAACUCUUCAUCAACAAGCUCUCUGCAGAGUUUCUGUCACAGACUUGGGCCUUUGCCAUAAUUCUAUCCUGUCUGCAAUUACCUCAAACAUUUUGUUAUAAAUGUUAGCCCUAGUUCAUUAACCUGAGAAAUUUGCACCUGGUUUUAAGUUAAGUUUUUCUGCACCUUGAGCUGACAAACCAGUGACGACCCAUGCUGUGUCCCUAGCUUUCAACACCCUGGUGAUAGUGGCCAAGCCCGACACUCUGCAUGUUUACAAACUUUUUAUCGUGUGACUUGAGGGAUUUUGAGAAAGUGGAGUGAACAUCCAGCUUGCUGAAAUAACCACCUCUAGAAUGGUCUUCAUUUGUGUGAAUCUUUUCCAUGGGUGCAUGGAUGAGAGAGGGUCAAAGUUUCCUUGACAUUUGUUAGAUUGGAGUUUAGUCACAUGUGCCCAGUGUUGAUUCUGUGAUUGCUGAAUACUGUUAUUGAGCAGAGUGCAUUCCAAGAUCAAUGCUGGGCUCAUUUGUGUGGGUCUGCUGGUUGUUCACAAUGCUAAUCUCUUAAUUACCUCACUCCUUGUUCUUUCCAAAAUCAGUAACAUAAUUACCAUAAAGCAGAGUGAUUUUCCUUUGUACUGAUGGGUGUCACUUUUUCCAACAGGUCCUCAUGUGCAUUAAGGAAUGCACUACAGAUCUGUAAGUAAGCAAGCCAGUCACAGCAGAGAGACCUCUGUCUGUUGGGCCUUCUGCCCCCAACGCGUGUUGGUGACAUACUUUUCCUAAUUUCUGUGGGGCUAUAUUUAGACAUUGUGUGCUUGAAGAUGAACAGUCACAGCAUCGGACAGACGGUGCCUUUUGGCUUGGCAGAUCCAGUGUCAACUUUUCAAUUGUACAUGUACUUUAUUUGUUAAAGAAAAUGUUCAAUUGAAAUAUGAUUAUAAGGAGCACAGUCUGUAGCAGAUGCUCCCUGCAGUUAGUGUAUAUCUGCUGACAGACGAGGUUAUCUAAAUGCUAAUGCUGGGAACCUGUUAACCGACGAGGCAUCUUGUAGAUAAUCUGUGUGUACCCUGGAUCAGCUCCACCUUCAGGUUCUCAUAGUCUAGUCCAUGUUGUUGGGCUCCAUGCCCCCAACUCUUGUUGGCGACUUGUCUGUGCAGUGCCUACUCUGAUAUAGGGUAUUGACAAACUCUGUAGAUUAAGGGUGUCUAGUGCACAUUUAAGCAUCUGCUUGGAUUACUGGGGGUGGGAUGAAGUCCUACUUGUUGUUCGUAUUUUAUUUCCCAUAUGAAGAUUUGGUUGCGCAAAAGCGCAAAUAUUUGUCGAUUCAGCAGUUUGACAUCACUGCCUGUCUAUGUUAAUCAUUCAGACAAGUGUGGGUUGGGCUAAAGGAUAUUUCAUUGGGUAUUUCAGGGGCGUUUGAAGUAUUUUAAUGGAAUUGGGUGUUUUAACUUCUUUAAUGAUAAUAGUAUAUGGUUGCAUCAUCCAAAGUGACACAAAAAGACAGAACAUCAUGACGAGACUGAAUAAAGAAAAUGUCUGUCUGGCUCGAUCCGACUGUAUCUGCGAUUCAAGCAAUGGCAAAUUUAUAUCCAGUUUCAUUGCGUUCGUGCUAAGCGUGUUCUGGAGCUCAACUUUUGUAGGUCGUGUCUUUAUUGGUACAAGACAGCAGCAUGGAGUGGAUGAGGAACAAGCAGAUGUACUGGCAGACAUCGAAGAUGGCAGCACAUGUUUCACAUCUGCAGUAUGCAUCACUUUGGAGCCUGACUUUUUCAAGAACAGGUACAACUGAACUAAUUCAACCAUUUCUCAGUUGCAGAUCCUUGCGUUGUCUUGUCAGGUGUUACUUAGUGUCUCGUAAGACAGGUUGUGGAAAUCAGGUUCUGUCUGAACUCCUUGAUUCAGCUCGACCGGUGUUCUGGGGUCAUGUUUUCAUCUGUGUUGCAUCUUGGCCUUGAUCUGAAAGAGAUAAGAUUGCAAAGAUGGCUAUGCUGCCAGACUUGUGGUAUAUCGCCCUUGACAGCUGGCCCUGUGAGGCCAAUACUAGUGCAGGAAACCUUGCAUAUAUCGGAUUCGCAUAAAUUAUAUCCUUGGGUACAAUGGACGACUUCAAAGUCCAAUUUCCAAGUCAGUUGGUUACGGGUAACAAACUUCAAAUAUAACAGACAAAAAUGCUGGUCAAGUUGCCUCCAAUGUAUGAAAGGUUCACUGUAAUCAUCUUUAGAUCAAAACUUUUGGAGAAAUACCUCGAAAAUAAUGUGUCGAAGCUUGUUCUGGACUAUGGAUAGUGAAACUGAUGGAGUACAAUGGAAGGAUGACAAAGAACUGUUGGUACACCAGUGGAUUCAUCAGGAUUCGUGCAAUUUCACCGUUUCAUGAAUGGACUGUAAACUUGGAAACCAUUUUGCAAUUCUCUGGACAUUCUCUAAUAAUAAGAUGGAUAUGUCACUGUGCACAUGGGCGACCAUCAUUGGGCUACCUUCAAACUAGCUGUUGUCAUUGCUACUGUGGACUUAAACCGAGGAAAGCGUCCUCGGGUAUGUUUUGAAAGUGUAUGUAGUUGUGAAAUGGCCUUUUUACAAUCACUUUGUACAUUCAUUACUGAGGAAUUAAAGACAGUUGAGAAUAA